GAUUGAUAAGAUUUGUGGAAAGUCACUUACGAAGCUUAGGAAAAUGUGUGAAUCUCACUUUCAGUUCAGUGAUGACAGGACGGAGUAAACAGAAGCGCUGGCGGAAGAUUCUCUACGAAAACCAGGGAUUCGAGGACAAUUACACGCCCAAGACGUUCCUGCGUGAGCUGCAGAAGAAUCGGAAUGUGCGUGAGUUCACGUUUUGCGAGGCUGUUUGCGGCGCGACGAAGCUUAGCCAGCAAAUCUCUGUGGUUGUGGCCUUCCUGAUCAUCUACCACGGGCUGUUUACGCACUGGCUCACUCCGGAGACUGUCCUGCUGCACUCCAGCGUGGCCACAGUGGCCGGCUACGCUCUGUUCCUGGUCACAAUUGAGGAGGGCGUCGUGGAAGCGCUCGUGCGGCACUCGAAGACAGUUCUGGGCGUGCUGGUGUUUGGGUUUAUCUUCUCGCCACUCCUGCACACGCUCACGAAGAGCAUCAGCACAGACACCAUCUACUCGGUGACUUUCUUCGUCUUCUGCCUGCACCUGAUCUUCUUCGACUACGGCCUGGAGGCGCACAUGGUUUCCCGCGCAAUCUCACUCAACGCAGCGAUCUUCGGCUCCAUCUGCUUGUCCUCCAGACUCGCCACGUCCUUCCACGCCUUCGUGCUGCUGGCCACGGUGGUGGAGCUGUUCGUGUUGCUGCCCAUCCUGCAGAGGCGUCUGUGGUCGCCACCAAUCGUCCUGCCCACGCUCGUCGGCUGCGCUCUCCUGCUGCACUCCAUCUCGCUGCCCACGCUCGUCACGUACGCGCUGGGCCUGCUGGCCAUCAACAUCCUCUUCCCGUGGCUCUUCACGCGCGCGCAGCCCCACAAGCACAUCAUCCACGGACCCUGGGACGAGGCGGUGGUGGAAUCUGUGGACUUCUAAACACUCUUCGGUCUCUCUUCAUCCUUUAUUGUACCAUCAAAGAUCAUCAUCAUCAGCGCUUAGUCAAUAAAACUCGAGAUAAAACUCUAGAGACUGAACAGCGUCCG